AUGUCUGUCUGGGUAACAGAGGAAGUCAUGAGAUGGGGUCUGCGCUUUUGCAGCCGCAGGUCUCUAUGGCAACAGCGCAGCUUCCUGGAGACAACAUCAAUCAAAGACAAAUCUUUCCCUAGUCAGCAGUUAGCACACAUUUGGGGCACAAGGCAAAGCAAGGCAUGCCUGGAUAGGAGUCUUGUUAGUUCAGUGAGGUUUUACUCACAGAGUAGUAUUCACAAUGCAGACUUGGAAGAGAAGGAGCAGCGUCUCUCGCCUCCACUGGCAGACUCUUCACUGCCCGCUGAAAUCCAAUCUGAUGCGACAGCCUCAAGGCAGAUACAAAGGAGCUCACCCUUUAUGGACCACCUGCAGCGUUGUGGCUCCCCAUCAGACGUGUUGGACCUCACCUGUCAAUACUCACCCACAGUUCGACAGGUCAGCAAUUGCCUGACCCACAUCUGGUCCAUCACUAAGAAGAUGUCAGAUGAGCAGCGGCGCUAUGAGCUGCAGCUGAUGUUUGAGCAUCCUGCUUUUGACAGCCUCCUGCAAAAGGCCAUGAAGAGGGUGGGGCACAUGCACAGUGACGACAUGGCUUAUUCUCUCCUGAGUAUGGUCAAACUUGGUGUCCCCCAAAGUAGCCGCGUGGUCCAAACUUUCCUCCGAACCUGCCAGGAGAAUCUGAAUGACUUUGAUGAGAAGGGCCUGUCCAUCUUGGCCUCCUGUCUGGAACAUAUGGAGGGCAGUACCAACGUUGUUGCACUUAAGGAGGGCAUGAGAUUGGUGGUUGAGGCCCGUCUUCCCAGGAUCAAGAAUGUAAUGGCUCUCCAGACCAUGAUGCGUCUGUUGGGGAAAGAUGCCCCGCUGGACCUUAAACUGAAACUCGAAGCAAAGGCUUUAUCAAUGACAGACCAGUUCAGCCUUCCCAACACCCAGUACAUGAUCUCCACUAUGGCCACAAUGGGCUUCUACUCCAGACCACUCCUGGAUGUCUGCAGUAAGACGAUUAAAGAAAACCUACAAGGAGUCCCCUUCAACAGAUUGUUUACAGUCCUGCAGUCGUGUUGGGAGCUGCACUACCGAGACUUUGAGCUGCUCAGUAGCAUUUCAGACUACGUCGCCUCUACGAUAGACAUCUGGACCAAGAAACAGGUGGUCCUCUUCCUGUCUGUGUUUGAGAACCUCGCCUUCUGUCCCGCUGCCCUGAUGGAGGCCUUUGCUGAUAAGGUGAUCACCAAUCCAGAUGCUCUGACACGUAAAGACCUCCUCUGUGUCCUCAAGGUGUACUCCUCUCUUAACUAUGACCUGCAGCACCAAAGACAACAGUUCCUGGAUAGUCUGAGCCAGGCUCUUGACUCUUAUCUGCCCAAAAUGUCUGGGUUUGAGUUGUUAAAGGCUGUUUACCAUCUGUGUCUAAUGGGUCACUUCCCCUCUGCACCACUGGAGCAACUCCUGCAGAGCAAUACACUGGAGAAGUUUAAAACGACCGCACCCAGGUUUCUCCCUAGCCAGGAGAGAAUGUUUCAGACCGUGGACUUGUGCCUCCGUCUUGAGCGUCCUCCGCUCCCUCAGCCCCUGACGGUCCCCCCAUCUGUCCUGGGAGACCCCGGCCCUAGCAGUCUAUCAGUGAACCCGUUGCUCUCGCAGGGCCUGCAGAGCGUGUUGGGGGACCAAGCAGACACAAUGCUGCAGGAAAUGGUGGUGGUGGAGAACUUCUACCUCAUAGACGGUGUGAUAACCAAACCUCUGCCAAACCACACCUCUGUGACUGAAGCCAGUAGUUGUGCAGGAGAAGAGCGUUCUCCAGCAGAGAGCAGUCAAAGAAUUGCAGUAAUUUGCACACCACACUCUGGUUUUUGCUAUGGCACGUCCAAGCCCCGUGGUCAUCUGGCUGUCAAGAUUCGCCAUCUGAAGAUCCUGGGAUAUAACCCUGUCUUGGUAACGGAGCACGAGUUGCAGUCUGCGGCUGAGGAAAAGAGGACUGAUUUCCUAAGGGGACAUGUUUUUCCAGAUCACCAAAGAUCAGACACACAACCUAAAGUGGAGCAACCGGGAUCUUGAGGACAGAUGUCGAUGUUAAACGGAUGCCACGAGCCAUACCUGCUUCAGUAGUCUCAAGCUGUGCAAUCGAUCUGUGCUAUUCAAAGCUUUUGUUGUGUAACAAUGAA